GUCUUUAUAAAUCGCAUUAAUAUCCUACACCGUAUAUAUACAACAUAUAUAACAUUUUAUAUUAAUAUUUUAAGGCAUUAUAUGUUUAACAGUGUCACUUUGUCUGUUCUGCUUUUAUUUUGAAAAAGCGCUGUUUUCUUCUUCGGAUGGUUUUUUUUGUGACGCUAAACUUCCGCUAUUCUCUCGUCACAAUGUGGUGUUCGCAUAUCGUCGGAAGAACGAGCUCCGAACUGUGAGGGUGUGUCAAGCUAGAGCACAUGGUAGCUGAUGGCAGAAACUCUUUGAUUAGCGCCCUUGGAAAAGCGGAAUGAGUUUUCACGGUGUCCAGGUGCAUGGUGCUCAUUGAGAGGAAGAAAUAAAUUGACACCCGUUUGAAACUCUCUGCGUCUUGAUCAAUGUAUAUCCGAGGGGCCGCUACAGUGAAAACUCAUCGCUGCACCAGCCCUGCCAUCUUUGGUGAGAAGUUGAUGCCAUCACAUCUGAGGUCCAAACACCAACCUAAUACCAGCCAGUUUACUUCGCUUGCAUCCAACUCCUUCACACAGGCAAGACUUAAAAUGGACAGCAUACUUAAGGUACAGCUAGAGCUGCAAAAAGAGACACUGGAUGCCAAGGAGCAAGAAAGCUGAAAAGGGACAAUUUCUACACACAUGCUUGCAGCAUAACUGAAUGACUUAAUAAUAAUACGCUAUUAUAAGGUCAAAUUAUCUUGCAAACUAAUUCUCCGUUCUUAAAGCUUCUAAAACUGGUGAAAGAAACUAGCCCAUGCUCUUCGGUCAUAUCUGUUUAUGAAAAGGUUAAAAGGAGUGUUUUGUUGUUACUGUUUUAAGCUAAAAAUCCUUUUAGAUGUCCAUUAUCUGUUAAUGCGUAGCAUAAACAUUACUCUGUAGUAAAGGAUAACUACAGCUUACAAGUGUAAAUUCAGGUGGACAAUCAAAGGCUACACUCGACUUAAAGCAGCAGUACAAACAAACAAGAUGUCACUUAAAGAUACACCUUGCAGGUCCAGCUCACGAGAAAGAAAGCUAACAGAGAAAGGCCAAGAGAUGCAUGAACAAGACACCAGAAAACGUGAGAAAGCAUUUAACAAGUCCUAUGACACUUGGAAGCUGAUAGCUAGGGAGACUAGGACAAAAUUAAAAACCCUCUGUUCAUCAGAAGACCUUAUUAAAUUACAGCAAGACAUUCAAGCAAAGCAUGAUGGUGUAGCCCAGCAGUAUGAACCUAUACUUCGUAACAGUAACACCACACCAGAGAUUGUAAAGAAGAUGGAUGCCUGUGUUACGCUAACAAAAGACAUUCUUGACCUUAUUAGUAACCGUCUAGAGACUGUUAAUCAAGAAUAUAAUGAUCAACUUGAGAAGGAAAGGGUAAGAGAAAUCUUAAACAAAGAUGAAUAUGGGUCUGUCUUUGGCCACACUAAAACUGAAACGGUAAGCUCAGCAAAGUCACCGGAGAGAUUGAGCAACCACUCCAGCUCAGCCAGUACUCACAGCAGUAGAGUAGAUGCACAAGCAGAGUUUGCGGCUAAGCUGGAACAAUCAAAAGCCAUAAAAGAAAUCCAAGCUCAGCAAGCACAUCUUCACAAGUUAGAAGGUGAAUGGAAACUUAGAGAAGCAAAAAUGUUAGUAGAAAUGAAGCAAAAAGAGUGGGAAAUGCAACAACAGUUGGAACAAGAGAGAUCCAAAUUGCAGCAGUUACAAGCAGCAAAAGACGUUGCCAUAGCAGCAGCUCGUGUGAGAGCAUAUGACAAUUUUGAAGGGUUUGAGAACCAUGAUGAGGAGAUUAAUGACCAAACUAACUCUGCUUGCUACAGAAAUCAAAAUGAACCUCGAUUAAAUCCUGAUGCUGCAUCAUUCCAACCUCACCAAACUGCUCCUGAGGUGACAGUGACCCAGGAGUCUGUCAGUCUAGCCCAGGCAAUCGCCAGCUCAUUAAGCAUGAACCGCUUGCCGGUCCCUGAACCAACCACGUUCCGUGGUGACCCUCUACAGUUUACAGAUUGGAAGAUGUCAUUUAUAGCUCUUAUUGACAGGAAACCCCUCCCACCAAGUGAGAAGAUGUUUUAUCUAAAAAAUUAUCUUGCUGGAGAGGCGCGUAAAGCAGUAGAAGGUUUCUUUUAUCGAGAUUCAGAAAGUGCAUACAAUGGAGCAUGGAAAGUCUUACAAGACAGAUAUGGGAACCCGUUCAUCAUACAAAAAGCUUUCCGAGAUAAGCUCAUGAGAUGGCCAAAGAUCAACACAAAUGAUCCACUAGCGCUACAAGAGUUUGCUGACUUCCUCCAAGGCUGCACUGAGGCAAUGCCUCACGUCAAAGGACUAGCUAUCCUUAACGAUUGUGAGGAAAACCACAAGUUGCUCAGAAAAUUACCAGAAUGGAUUGUGCGCAAGUGGAGUCGAGUUGUUGUGGAGGAACUUGACACAUCCAGAAGCUAUCCAGAUCUUGCAUGCUUCACAAAUUUCCUGAGCAAAGAGGCACGGAUAGCCUGUAACCCUAUUGCUUCUCCAUUGUUGAUGAACUUCAGGGCCACAAAUGAAAGAUCACCAAAGAGAGCCAAAGCUCUCAACACAAAUACACAAACAAAGAGUUUCGCUCAGGAGAAACAAGAAACAAAUGGCAGUAAACCAAAAUCACCUUGCUUCAUGUGUAAAAGUGAAGCUCAUAACAUCACCAAGUGUCCCACCUUCGCAGCAAAGAGUAUUGAAGAUAAAAAGGCAUUCAUCUGUGAAAAUCGGCUCUGCUUUGGGUGCUUGAGGAAGGGUCACAUGACCAAAGAUUCAAGAACGUCCGUGGUCUACAAGUUCGAGGACUGCACUCUAAGGACCACAUCCAAUUACAGCAGGCCUACAGUCGUGAUUUUAUACCAGUGGACAAGUCUUACGUUCCAACAAAUGAAACAGCCUUACUCUGGCCUCAUCUCAGACAUUUGGCAGAUAAGCUACCACCCCUUCUAG